UUAUCAUCCAAAGUUGAGGCCCAAUAACGAAAAGACUACCAAUUCUCUCUCUAAAACUUCUCACACCACCACCGGCGUUCCUCUCCAGAUUUCUCAAAAACCCCCGUCGCGCUGCCGCCUGAGGACAAAAUUAUGGAUGCCGAUUUGCAGAAUAUUAAGAAAUGGGUGAUCUUGUAUCCAAUUUACAUAAAUUCGAAGAAAACCCUAGCCGAGGGGCGGAGAAUUAAUGCCAGCAAAGCUUGUGAAAAUCCUACAUGUGCCGAGGUUUAUGAUUGCUGCACUCACCUGAAAAUCCCCUGUGUGAUUGAGACUGAGAAGGCAUACCCUCGAGAUUUUAUGCAAAGAGGUAGAGUGAGAGUGAUGUUGAAAAAGGCAGAUGGUAGCUUCUCUAAUCCAGCUAUUACUUCGAGGAAGCAACUAAUGCUUCAAGUUGCAGAGCUGGUUCCUCGACAUCCGGGUCGAACGAAGAAACAGGAGGCUGCCUCAUCAGCUGCAGCCGGCUCUUCUAAAUCUGGAAAGGGUGGAAAGAAGAAGCGGUAGAACAUAGUGUGGCUCUGCACACUUCCCAUGCUGUGUUGUGAGACAUUUUUGGAGAUGGUGUUGUACUUCUUAAUGGUGGAUUGUUCAAAUGUCAAUUUGUAGCUGCUCUAACUAAAUUACUAUUGUUUAUUGUACUACAUUUUUGGUUGAAAAAAAUAAUUAU